GGGGGGAGUCGCUGCUGUCGCUGCCGAAACGAUGGCUCAGCACGCAGGGCUACAGCGGCGACGACGCAGAAUUUCAGAAUGUCCAAUUACCUAAAUUACCGGUGCCAGAUCUACAGGCAACGAUGGACUCGUACCUGGAGUUCGCAGCGGUGAUUGUCAACCAACAGCAGCUGGAGCACACGCGGGGGCUGGUGCGGGGGUUUAUGGAAGAGCUGGGGCCCAGGCUGCAGGAGAUGCUGCUGGAACGACAGGCUGAGAUGGAAAACUGGGUGACGGACUGGUGGCUGGACGACAUGUACCUGAAGGUGCGCGCCCCACUGCCAAUCAACUCCAACCCUGGCAUGGUGUUCCCUCGCCGCCACUUCGCCAAGAUGGAGGAGGUGGCCGACCUGGGGGCACUGUUUAUUGACGAUCUACUCGAUUACAAAGAGAUGUUGGACAGAGGAGAACUACCUCUAGAGCGAGCCACCAGCCGCGAGAAAGGCCAGCCACUGUGCAUGGAACAGUUCUACCGACUGUUAGGAGUAUGUCGUAUACCUGAAAUGGUACGCGAUAGACUCGAGCUACCGCCGAAGAGAUCUGACACGGAAACUGAGGAGUUGGUGGUUGUAGCAUGCAGAAAUCAUUUCUACCCGAUCCCGGUGAAAGCAGUGGACCGCGGCAGAUUGACCCCGGGUGAGAUCCAAGCUCAACUACUGCACGUGAUGGUGGACGCGGCCGGCGCCCCACCCGCCCCCAAGGUCGGCCUGCUCACGUCCAUGAACAGGGAUCAGUGGGCCAAGACUAGGGAACACCUCAUAAAAGAUGAGAACAACCGCAUGAACUUGGAGCUUAUCUCGCGAUCGCUGUGCAUCCUCUGCUUGGACGAGGCGGGCGGGGACCGAGCGGACACCGACGCCGACACCAACGCCAUGCUCCGCGCCAUGCACGGCGCCGGCACCGCCCACCACUCCGCCAACCGCUGGUUCGAUAAGACCGUACAGCUAAUCAUCUCUUCGGACGGCACCGUGGGCAUGUGCUACGAGCACAGCGCAGCCGAGGGUGUGGCGGUGGUGCGGCUGGCGGAGCGGGCGCUGGCCCGGGCAGAGGUGGCGUCGAGGCCCGCGCCACCGCCCGCGCUGCUGCCCGCUCCGCAGGCCAUGAGGUGGAACAUCACACCUGACGUGCUUAGAACUAUUGAUCACGCCGCCAGGGAGUUGGAUCGGGCCAUUUUGGACUUGGAUUUCAAGGUGUACACGUACCGUGGGUACGGACGCGAAUUUAUGAAAUCAUGCCGCACCAGUCCUGACGUCUACAUACAGCUCGCUUUGCAGUAUGCCUAUUAUAAGAUGUACGGCUACCUAGUGAGUACAUACGAGUCCGCCUCCCUACGGCGAUUCCGCGCUGGUCGCGUGGACAACAUCAGGUCUGCCCACGAAGCGGCGCGCGCCUGGUCCGAGGCCAUGUGCUCGGCGGACAAGUCGCCGCUCACGGAGCCCACCGACGACACCCAGAAAAAGGAACAGAAGAGACUUGAGAAGUUCGAAGAUGCAGCCCGUCAGCAGACUUCGAUCAUGGAAGCGAACAUUCUGGGCCGCGGCAUAGACAACCACCUGAUAGCGCUCCGGGAGGCGGCGAGAGAAACCCUCGGAGAACUCCCACCCUUGUUCACCGACGUCACAUACAAACAAAUGAUUGAAUAUAAACUCAGCACUAGUCAGGUUGCAACCACUACAGACGGCACGUUUAUGGGAUACGGUGCAGUAGUCCCAGAUGGAUACGGCUGCAGCUACAAUCCGAAGAAGGAAUCCGUCAUCUUCUGCAUAUCGUCAUUCACUUCCUCGAGCGUGACCAACACUGAAGCGUUCCGGCAGUUCCUGGAAGAAGCACUGGACUCCAUGAAGCUUAUGUUCCAAAAUAGAAAGUAAACUUAAUAUUAUCUGUAUUGAAAAUCGGCACACAAAUUUACGGUGCCCAUAUGUGAUCGGAAAAUGGGUCCCAAUAAAUCACUGUUGAAAUGUAGGACUCACCAAAAUGUUUAUUUAUAUAGGUAUACAAUAUGAAUAAGUACAGUACUGUGAAAAGAUGAGGUGUCAAUUUAUAAUAUACAUAUCAAAAAAUUAAAAUAUGGCUUCAUAAUUUAAAAAAUUAGAGCUAAAGAUAUCUUGGAAAGAAUAAGUAAUAAAAGUAAGUUAUAUGCACCUUAUUGGACAUUUUAAACGAAUUAAAAACUGAAAGCCAAGUUGAUUAUAUUUGAAAAGUGUUUAAAAGUAAUUUUUAUAAACUAUAAAUAUGUUAAAAACAAUCACAAUUUUAAUGAAAACUUAUGAGUCAAACCGAAUACAUAUCAAAUAUGACUUAAUUGCUAGGUAUAAUAUAAAUAUAAUAAUGGUUAUUUAUAUUAUAUUAAUUAUAAAUGUUUAAUUUAUAUUAGUCAUGUUGAAAUUAUAAAUAAUAUAAACAAUUUGUCGAUGUUAUUAGAAUUUUGGUAUAAGAUGCUUGGUAGUGAAAAUUGUAUUUAAUUAGUUUAUUUAGGUAUAUAAAUACAUUAUCAGAGUUUAUUGAAACUGUUGCCGUGCUCUAUAAGUCUUAUGUCGGUUAGCUGGACGACGUGGUCGCCAUUUUGAAUUUUAUUGCGUGUAGUCAGCAAAAAAGGGACUAAAAUAUUAAAUAUUGUUAUAUCUAGUAUUUUUUUUAUGUAUAGUCAAUAUUUAGUUAAGUAGAAAAAUAUAGUAAAACUAUUUUUUUUAUAGCCAAUUAAUAUUUAUUAGAUGAAAAAGCAAUGUAGAGUCAAUGUGCACGUUGCCUGUAAGUGUAGUGUCGACACUGAUUGAUUGCUAGCUUAGUCUGUUUGUUUGGUGUCUAAAUAUUGGCUAGAAAUGUAAUAAUAUGAAAUAUUAUGCACAUAGUUUGCCUUUAAUUAAACAGAAUUAUAAUUAUCUGAAAAAUAAAAAUGGAAAAGUGGAUUAUAUAAUUGAGGAAAUUUGGGUAACUUUAAUACCGCGUUCUUAUUGGUAUAGUAAUUAUCUUUCCUUCUACAUAUAAUAUUAAAAUAUAGUAUUUCUUACUCUAAGUAUUGAAAACUGUAUUUAUGUUUAUAAUCAAUUUAUACAAAAAGAUAAAUAUGAUCGUACCCGAAACAACGUGUUAACAAAAAAUAAUAAAAAGAGCCACUUUAUUGAUACCUAAAAAAAAGUCUAUCAACCGAAUAUUAUUAUAUUAGUAAAUAACUAGCUUGACUGUUUGUUAUAAAUUUGCAACUCCUGGGUAUACCCAAACUUUACGGAUUAUAUUUAGUCAAAUAAACUUAUCCAAUAAUUUAAUCUAUAUUACAUCUACCUACUUAUUUACUUGAUUUUAGCUUAGUAUUAUAUAAAUUUUUAUAGUUAUAUACACAUUUCAGAUGUCUAUUUAUACAUUUGUUAAAACUUAUUUAUAAAUAUCACACUGGUCAAAUGUAAAAAAAAGAUGUAACUUCGAAAGUUAAUUUUAUAUCUACUAAUUAAGUUGAUGCUUGAAAUGAGCAUGUAAAUUAUUACACCAAUUCUAAACAGUUUAGGACACGCUCGUUUAAUAAAUCAUACGAGUUAUAAAAGUAUAAAAAAUAAAUAAAUGAGAGUGCUGCAGCACAGUUGAAGAUGGUAACUAAGUUAUUUUCGAAAUAACGUCAGAUUUGUCCUUUACUACAUUAAAUUUUAAUAUACUUAUGGAAAUGAAAAAAUGUUAAUAGAAUAUUACAUCCAUUAUAAUAUUACAUCCAUUAUAAUAGUAAAUUACUAAACGGUAGGUACUUACCCGACCUUGACACAAUAUAUUUCAAUUCAAAUGAAAUGAUUUAAUUUGUUUGCCAUUUGCAACUAAUUAAAACUAGUAUAAAUAUACAAAGGACUAUAUACUUUCUGUAUAUAGUACUAUCUACGAUGCACUAUUUAAUUGUAGUGAAUACUUAUGCACCUACGUAAGUGUCUAAAUUGUCUACCUACUAACACUGUUCCAAAUAAUAGAUUAGUGAUAAGUCGUAAAUAUUGUCAAUGCUGUGGUGAUAUCAUAAAAUUUAGAUUUGUAAUAUAUUAUUACAUAGUAAUAUUAUUAUUGGCAAAUUAUAAUUAUAUAAAAGUCAUAAUUUUGUAUUACAACGAUAAAGUGAUUUUAAUUAGCAUAUUAAUGUGAUUAAUAUGAACCGUUAAUGGGUAGAUUGGUGUCAAUUGUUUAGUGUUGAGAGAAACUAAAUUAAUGUGACCGAAUUAAAGAUGCAAGAGAUGAAAACAAGCACUAUAGGUAUGAGUGUGAGUUUAAUUUUAAGUUUAUUUUAGUCACAUGAUAACGGAAUAGAUACUUUUUACUUACAACUUAACUGCUUUCUUUAAGAAAAUAAAAUUAGCACUUUUUUAACAAUGUUACAUAAAGCUUUAAAUUGCUGUCUCGUCAGAUAUUUACGUGAAUAUUAUCGUAAUAUAAAUCUAUUUAUUAAAAAUUUUACCGAGUUAAAUUUUAAUAACAUUAACAAAAUUGAAUAAUUCAUGCUAUUUAUUAUUGUUUAAUUUAAUAUAAAUUAGCAUUAAGCGUAAUUAUAUAAAUAAUAUAUAAAAUAAUGAAACUUAUACAUAUCAAUGCCGCCAUUCAUGCAAGGCAUGGCCAAGAAUAUCGCAAACAUAUCAAAGAAAUUUUAGUGUAAGUAAUUUAUAGUGAUAUGAGAACAUAUCAUCUAAUUAAUAUAUUUAAUAUAUUAUUAUAAGGAAGUAAAUUAUAAUAUAAUUAAAAAAAAUAUUUCAAUCAUACACAGUAGAAUAUACUUACCACUACUAAGUAAUUUUAUACUUAGUAGUUAUACAUCUUUAAGUUAUAUAAAUAUAACUUACAUGUCUCUUUACAUGUCAAGAAUAACAACGUUAUAAAACAAGAUAUAUAAAAUUCUGCCUUCCUAUUUAUAGGUAGGCAACUAAAACUUUUUAAAUAAAGCACAAUGGCUUUAUAAUUUUAUUUAAAGGAAACUAUGCACGAGUGUUAAAAGUUAGGAAAUAGCUGUGGAGUGUUUUCAUGUUGAAUAAAAUUAAAAAAUGUUAAUAUAAAAUGUAAAAUGCUUAGCCUAGCGUCCAUGUGAGUAUGAGAGAGGCGAGUGAGCUGGCAUAGUGCGGCCAACCGUUGAGAGUAGAACGUUCUCUUUUCGAUUAAUCGUAUUCAUGGACCAUGUCGUCUCUGUGUUCGCUCAGGAUAGUGUUGUCACAUGUCGUGUUAUAAUAAAAAAAAUGUAUCAUUGAAAAAAUUAAAAAAAAAUAUUAGCGUAAAGGGAAAAAUAUUAUAAACUUUUAAAAAUUUAAAUACAAUCUGUUGAAAUUUGAUGUGAAGACAUAUUAAACAUAGCAAAUAAAAGUUUUAGAAAGACGUUAUACUUUUAUGUUAUAAUUUUUACGUGAACACUAUGAACCAGUACUAUAGAUAGGUGAGUAAAGAAUUGUUUAAAUAUAUAAUAUUUUUUUUUAAAGCUAAAUGGUUGAAUGUGUAACAAUUGAAUAGAGUAAUGCAAAUGCAAACCUACCUAUAGUAUUAAGUAUCUAUUUAUGUUUUUCAAUUAAUUUUUUAAAUAAUCUAGAGCAAUAUUUUUGAAUAUUUAAAAUGUUAUGUUUAGUCAGCUAUUUAAUUUGUAACUUACUUAAUAUAAGUCAUAUGUCCUGAAUUUAUAUUACUUAUAUAUAUAUAUAUAAGUAGUAAAAUUAUAUAACUUAUAAUUGUUUUAUUACUUUUUUAAUAUGAUAAGUUGACCGUGUUCAUGAUUUAUUAGAAUGUUAGCAACAUUAGAGUUAAGUAUGUAGCGUGGAUCCUAAAGAUAUAGAAAUAUUAUAAUCACUUGUUAAGUGUAUUAACUCACUGUUUAUUGUUAUUAUUGUAAUUGCUACUGGCAAAUUAAUAAUUUACAUACAUAGAUAUCUACCGGUUGUCAAGUCAAUAAAAAAAAAUCGAGCAAUAAUAAAUUCGUAUACAGAUACUUUUAUAAGUAACUGUCUAUUGAUUUAUUAUUACUUUAGAUUAAAAUAUAAAUAAUUAUCCACUCAGGCAAGUAUAAAAAUUAUUAUAACAUUGGUCAAUUAAUGACAGGUACAUUGUUCAAAAUAUGAAUGUGUCUAUGGUACUUAUAUCUACCUACUAUAUGGUUAAAGCACGAGCAGCUUGUAGAUGUAUUAAGGAAUUUAAUAUACAUACAUAUAUUUUAAGUUUCCUUGGAUGUGAUUAAUAUGUAGAUAUUGGUGUUAAUAUCAUAUAUUAACAAAAAUAUAUGUAGCCAGCGUAAUUAUACAAUAAUUAAUUACAAUUAAUUAUUGUAUAAUUAUAUUUAUACAUUCUUAUUAUUAUUGUUAUAAAAUCAUAAUCCAAGUAGUUUAUACGUUUAUACUUCUGUUCUUAAAUUUAUAUAAUAAUCUGUCAAUAAUAUAUAAUUGAGGUAUAGUGUAUAAAAUCAGAAAAAAGAACGGAUUUAAGUAUACACCCUUUGUUUAUUGUCUUACUGUUACAGUCUUUUAGAUUUUUAUAUUUAUAUUAUAUGUAAGUAGCAACCCGCCCUGGCUUCGCACGGGUGCAAUGUAGAAACAAUCAGGCGUCAGUGUGAGUUAUUAAUAAUAUUACCAUUGUAUUCGUCUAAAUAGCAUUUCGAACUCUAUCUACAUAAUAAUGUGGAGUUUUUUUUUAUGGGUGAAAAUGGAAUGGUAACUCCGCCUGCGCUAACGGGAUACGCUGGCGGAGCACCAGUGAAGGGUGAUAGAUGAGAAUGAAAACAGGCCAGUUAGCCCAUCAUGAUGAAUUCAUCAGGAAUUAACCAUGAUAGUUUCCAGGGGGAACCGCGAGACGGUCGACCUGGUUGGGUAUAUUGCUAGCAAUGGGAUUCUCAGUCUCCAUUACUAACAAUCCCUUUCCCCCCAACCUUAGUACUACUUAGUAGUAUUAAGUAAUAACAAAUGUUUUAUCUGCUUUAUUUAUAUUUUAUUGACAGAUUAUACUCAUUGUAUAAAAUUUAAAGAAAUAAAAAUGUUGUUCAGCUUUAUUUAGUAUAAAUAAAUAUUAAAUUAUUAACUAUAUGUUAUGUAUGACGUAUAGUAGUUAAUUGUUUAUAUUCUAGUUGAAUGUAUUUAUUUACAUAUAUAGUUAUAUAUUUAGAUGUAAAUGUUACGCUAAUGUCACGAUUGUAUGAAUAUGCAGUAGGCAUCUUGUCGGAUUUAGACGUUCCUUAUCAUUUAUCUUUGUAUUCGUAUGGUUCGGUGAGUUAUCGUCAUGUAAAUGAGCUCUGGCCACUGGUGGGUACAUGUCUUAACUUUUACCCCCUUAUUCAUAAAAACUAAUAAGUCCUUCAAAACUAUUUUAACUGUUUGAACGUCAGUAUAAUAUUGAGUCCUCAGGAAUGAUAACGCAUGGGUGGUAUCAUGGGCGAAACAGUAUACUCUGUUAUGUCCAUGGUACUGCUCAUGUCUACAGGCGACGGUUACCACUUUCCAUCAGGUGGGCCGUCAGCUUGUUUGCCAUUGUAAGUUGCAUAAAAAUGUUUUAUCACUGUCUUUCAAAUUACAACGAUACGACGUUAUAAGUUUCAAGGAAAGAGCGUAUUUCUUUUUAAAAGGCCAACAACACAUUUGCAAUGCCUCUGGUGUUGUUGGUGAUUAUGGGCGGCGGUAGUCACUUAUCAUCAGGCGAGCCGCAUGCUCGUUUGCCUUCUGUAUUAUAAAAAAAAAAUUGAGAAUUUAGUGCAAGAGAUAUGGAUAAAACGCUUAUAAAGCUAAAAUAGAUUUAUGAGGAGAUUGACGUUUUUAUGAAUAAGGAGGUUAGACUAUGACGCUGCAUGUUUUAUGGUUAACAAGAAAUGGGAAAUAACAUUUAGGGGAAGUAUAAUAAUUUACCUGCAUUAUCUUACCGUUCCGACCAUGUUACACCGACAGUGGUCUUGUUUGUAUGGUGUAGUCUGAGGGCCUACCAUGAAAUGUUUUCCGAAAUUUCGCAGCCGAAAGAAAAACACAAAUUUGAUGUUAAAAUUAUAUAUAAUAAAAUAUUAAAUUAUUUUUUUAUAAAAUUUUUUACAUAGACGGCCCACCUGAUGGAAAGUGGUAAUCGUCGCCUAUAGACAUGAGCAGUACCAUGGACAUAACAGAGUAUAUUGUUUCGCCCAUGAUACCCCCCAUGCGUUGCCAUUCCUGAGGACUCAGGUGUUAUUCCUCUGUACCCAGUAAAUUCACGCCAUAUCCCACCCUUCAAACCGAAACACAGCCAUGCAAACACAGCUGCUUCACGGUUGAAAUACGAAUGGGACAGAGGUACCCAAGCAAAAAGCAAAAAAAAAAAUGCUAAAAUAUCGUUCCUUUAGACUUUUAUGGUAGGAUUUAUGAGGAAUAAAGUAUUAAGUUCGAUUUAUUGGGUAUUGUUUUGGUAUGAACAAAAACAAAAAAAAAGCGUCCGAAAAUUCGGAAUUUCAUUUCACAGUAGACUCUUCGUUCGAGACGACUAGAUAAUUCAAGUACAUUAUCAAUUGUUCACCUAAAUAAUCGCAUUAAUUCCAGUUUCUUAUGAACUAACUAGGUAUCUUAUUGUGGAUGUUAUUAUUGUUUAGUUUGUAGGCUCCGAUCUCGAGCGUGCCGUUAAUAUUGGGCUAAUUAGGAUUACUGUCCAAGAUCUGUGGGGUUACUCUUGAAAUAGAUAGAUAGAUAAUUUAUUUUCAUUACUUACUUACAGCACACAAAUUACAAC